AUGGUGCCUUCGGCCUCCCCUUGCGGGACUCUGCAGUCCAGCAGCCGCUCCAUGCCCACGUUGGCACACACCACGCAGCUGAAAGGACUGAGGUGCAACGUCUUUGUAGGAAAGAGCCUGGAAACUGCAGCUAACGGUGACCCUGCUGUCAUUGCAUCAACAGCCUCCCUGGGCUUGGGACCUUUCACCAGGUGCCUGAUGGGUGCGAUCACAGCUUUUUGUGUAAUGUCUCGCAUCUGCCAGCAGUGUCCAAUAAAGAUUCGGCUCUUUCCUCAGCCAAGGAGUCAAUCACGUCUCUUGUCUCAGCCCCGCUGUCUGCUUUUCACAAAACUGGCAGGAAUCGGGAGUGGUACCCUGCUGCUGAACUUGCCAGAGAGGCAUCGCUGGGGAGUCACAAAGCAGAUCACCCUCUGGAAACUGGAACGUGUCUCUGGGCGGGGGAGAAGCACUUUGGUCCAGUACAGCCCCUGGAAGAUGGACAGAAGUGGGCGUCAGCUGAAGCGAGGGACUGUUGUUGCAUGUGAGGAGCUGCCCCAGCUGCACCCAUGUGCUCUGGGCCAGCACAUCUGGGCUGAUGUUCACGGCACAGAGCUGGGCUGCACACACAGCUCCACCGCUGCGGAGAGCCUGUGUGCCUGGUGGAAGGAGCAGCCCUCAGCUGGAGCCGAGGCUGGAAGGUCCCUGCAUCGGCUGCACCACCAGUGUGUCCAUGGAAGGAGCCUCACGUAGGGCUCUGGAGAAGAAUCAUUCUCCUGUUUGCCCUAUGCAGUAGCUCCUGAGCAGACCUCUGUCACGUGCCGAGAACAGCAGCAGCCCCCAAAGAAAACGUAAAAAAUGAGUGAGACCUUGCAACAAGGCCACCCCAGCUGCCCAGGAACCCCGUUCUCCUUCCUGCAAAACCCUGGAGUAUAGAGCAAAGGCCAGGUGUCAUGGUGUCAGUUUAGGAGGAGCUCCUCGAGCUGAGGUUUUUAAGACCCUUCUGAUAUGCUGAUUCCCACAGCACCAGCUGCCUUUAGGGCAGAAUAACCCUUAGGCAGUGUUUUGGUGUGCUGCUACACAGGCUCAGUAAAUCAAUUCCAGCCAGCAACGGAGAGCGCCAAAUGCCCGUGGUGAGCCCUUUGAGGGCAAAUGCGUGGUGGAUAACUGCGUACCAAGAGACCCACCGCUGUACCAUUCAAAGACAAGUCUCCCCAGGUACGGGUAAAGGCACAAGGAACCUGCCUGGGAUUUGCCACAUACGUUCGAGAUGAUGAACAGCAGAAACCAAGCUAAUGAUGCUCAUCUGCACUCUGUUAAAGCAGAAACCAAGGCAGCAGUGGCAAGACCAGGAGAUGGGCUGAUUUAUAAGAAGUCAAUUUAUUACAUGCCUUAUCCUCCCAGAUCCUCUUCAUUUCCUGUGUCCAGAGAGAAAGGAAAGCAAACACGUUAACAGUGCACCACAGCAAAGCAACCCUUUCUGGUGGCUUCCAUGGACUAAGUCUGAGCAAACUACUUUUCUAAUCAUGGCCUCUGUCCAGAUGGAUCCCAGAGAAAUUAGUAAGUGUGAAAUCCAAAAGGACCAUGAUUAGAUCUAGUGCUUUUGGGUGCCGCAGCCUGCAGUAUCUCAACUUGUUACAGGUCGUCUUGAGCUGGCCUGUUCUGACCCAUCCAAUAGGUGCAUUUGAUGACUAUGGGGACAUCAUACUGGGACCAGGGAUAUCCUGGGCUUCCCUCCCCAUUUCUUGCUUUUUCUUCUAACUGGCAACCAGCACAGCCUGUUGAAAGAGGGGGAAGAAACAUUACUAAGUUAUGCUAGCCAGGCUUCUCAUGCAUAACACGAGAAGUGGAGAGAGACUGAA